GACAGCAAAAACAAGAGAGCGACUAUUCCCACAUUCCAAAGACUCCAGGAGAUGUUCUUUUCCCACCAUGGCAUCCUAGCGAAAAAGAUCACGUCCAAUAAGAGAACAGACAGGAGUAUUCCUUUGACCAAAGCCAGUGAGGAGUCAGAGUCCCAGAUAACAGCUCACCUCAGAUAUCAAUUUCUGCAGCGCCAUGUAAAGUUGUAUGGACAAAGCACACCGUCAGAGGAGAAAGGGGUGAAUGUGCUGCAUCUGCAGAAAACGCAGGGGUAUUUAUUCAAGGACAAAGCAGCUUUCAAAGCCUUACCAGAUGGAGGACUCGAUGACACUGAGGAUGCUGCUCCUCAAAACCUGCUGCAGAGUUUGGUGGCACUGGAAGAGGAAGAAGAGGACCGUGUUUGUGUAAACCAGGAUGUCACCUCAUGGACUGAAAGUGUUCCCGAAAUUCUCAAAUGUCUAUUGGCUGGAUCUUCUAAUGGUGUUGUCAAGACAACAGGAGGAGACCCUCAUUCAUUAGGUCUCACAGUUAUAACAGAUGACCUGGAACGUGCCAAGAAGAGGAGAUUCAUGAUCUACAUAUGUGGUGGAUAUAAAGACACGGUGGUAGAGAGGAGUGCGUUGAUGGAAACUGUGUUCCCUCGCCUGUACCUCUACUGCAAACAGAGAGGCUAUGACUUCAGGAUGGUGGACCUGCGCUGGGGCGUGGGAGACCCUGUGUCAGAUAGACACGACACGGCAGCGCUGCAUGUGGAGGCCCUCACACAGUGUCAGGAAACACCGGGGCCAAACUUCAUAUUAUUCCUUGGUCAGAAGUACGAGGUCCAGACCCUGCCCAGCACUAUCUCCAGAGAGGUGUUUGAGGCCAUCGUGAACGUGGUGGAGAGAGACAGACAGAAGAUGUCCAAGAGAAAACACCCCAAGAUGGACGACCUCAUCAGUGAUUCCAAGUCUAAUAUUGCCACAGGAAGUGACACGGGCAGCUUUGUUCCAGAACACAACAACGAUCAUGAUUCAGGAGAUCCAGCUCAGAAUUCUGUGUUAAUGAGCGAUGAGAUUUCCGUAUCCCGUAAUUCCCUGUCUGAUGCAGAUGAGACGCGGAUAAGUCCUUCGGCGACGAGGUGUUGGGCAGACUUCGACCGGGAUCUGAUCCUACUCCAGACGUGGUACAGACUAGAUGAGAACUGUGAUCCUCCUGUGUACCGCCUACUCCCUGUGAGGUAA